UUAAAGUAAGGAGAGCCAACCAUGACUGGCAAAACACAGACCAGCAACGUCACCAAUAAGAAUGACCCCAAGUCCAUCAACUCUCGCGUUUUCAUUGGCAAUCUAAAUACAGCCAUUGUCAAGAAGGUUGACAUUGAAGCCAUUUUCUCAAAGUAUGGAAAAAUAGUUGGAUGCUCAGUUCACAAAGGUUAUGCAUUUGUACAGUACAUGAGUGAACGGCACGCGAGAGCUGCCGUGGCGGGAGAAAAUGCCAGGAUCAUCGCAGGUCAGCCGCUCGAUAUCAACAUGGCAGGAGAACCCAAACCAUAUAGACCAAAACCUGGAAAUAAGAGGCCCCUUUCUGCACUUUAUAGACUGGAGUCAAAGGAGCCUUUCCUGUCUGUUGGUGGUUACGUCUUUGACUAUGAUUACUACAGAGAUGACUUCUACAAUCGGCUGUUUGAUUACCACGGGCGUGUGCCUCCGCCUCCCCGCGCAGUAAUUCCGCUGAAGCGCCCCCGAGUGGCCGUAACAACAACUCGCAGGGGGAAAGGAGUCUUUUCCAUGAAAGGGGGAUCGAGGUCCACAGUCAGCGGGUCUUCUUCAUCGGGCUCGAAGUUGAAAUCAGAUGAGUUACAGACAAUCAAGAAAGAAUUAACCCAGAUCAAAACUAAAAUUGACUCCUUGCUAGGGCGCCUGGAGAAGAUUGAGAAGCAGCAGAAGGCAGAGGCAGAAGCUCAGAAGAAGCAAUUGGAAGAGAGUAUAGAGCUGAUCCAAGAUGAAUGUGUGUCAGAGAAUGCAGAUCACUCUACAGAGGAGCCCGCUGAAGGAGGGCCAGAUGCGGAUGGAGAAGAGAUGACUGAUGGUAUAGAGGAGGACUUCGAUGAAGAUGGGGGUCAUGAGCUGUUUCUACAGAUAAAGUGAUCUGAAGUAACAAAUGAUGCCAUGGCAGCAGAAGAGAGAAACUGUGACAACCCCCCAAAAUGUGGAAGGAGGGCUCUGACUGGACAGCAUCACCUUUGGUUCAGUUUAUAUAUAAACCCAAAUAAAUAAAAUGGACAGUAUUGUUCAAUUUUAGAAAUUCCAUUUCUUCUAUGUUCUGAGUUAUAUAAUUGUCAGGUUUUUAUGGUUUAGAUUGUAAAUGUGUUUUCCCCUUUGCUAAUUAUGUUUGGUUUUUUUUAAGUCUUAAAAGUCUUAAAAUGUGAAGGACAUUUAUGAAUGGUAAGGGAGACACUGUAUACAAAUGUAUAUUUGUAAAAGCUAUUUUUAUGAUUAGCAUGUUCUACUGUUGAUCAUAUAUAAAAGUCAGGUGAUAUUGCAAUUCUGCAUUUAAAGUUUAUUUCCAACAAUGUCAUGUAAGAAAAGAUGCAUUGUAUGCUAGUUUUUAUAAUUUAUUUUUAAUUUAUAGUCCAAAGUACUUCAGACUGUAAGGAUAAAAUACUUGAAAAAGUUAUAUUUCUGCCCUCAAUAGGCACCAUUUUUAUUAAUAAAGAAUGCAGAUAUUUCAGAUGUGAUUCAAUAGUUAAAGGACUGUUGGUUUAACCUGUGAUUAAAUUGAGCAUUCUCUGCUCAGCUGAACUGAAAUGACUCAUUUACUACCCCAGUCUGUCAGUCUGGGUAGGAGAUCCCGUGGACAGGUUUUAAUGCCAAUACAGGUAAGAACUAGAUUGGCAAGGAAGACUGUCUUGUCUUUGGCUCUGAAAGAUGGAAUUGGUGCGUACAUCACUUCAUUUCAUCACCUAUUACUAGGAAGUCUCCAUUCCCCGGCAUUGCAAGUGUUUUCCAGAUGCUUUUGGCUGUUGUCUUGUGCUGUGGAAAUGGAAGAAACCAUCUUCACAGACUGUAGGAGAAUCCAACAUAUAAUUUCUUAAUAAAUACUGUUUCUUUUAAAA